GACUCUUUGAAAAAAACAAAAAUCAGUUUUGAACGAUUUGGCAUAUAAAAACAAAGCCUUCCGUUUAGUAAUGUCUCUUAGACCCCUGGCAUUGAGAGAUAUAACUGAAAUAGACAUACAAAAAUAACUCUUAACAAAGAACAGCAAAAAACUGAGCUAACUGAGGUUGACAACGCAUAAGCAGCUGACUACAAAGUCAGGUCAAGAGUUGUAACAGCCAUCAAAAGUCCUGCUCCAUAACGAAAAGGAGCUCGAAAAGCUCUCUUGGAAUGAGAAGAACAGUCUGAACAGGCUUACAUAGGGUUAAUUUCAGAGCCUUCAAUAAAUGCACGGUGACCGACAAAAUGUGCCCUUUUCCCCUCCUUGCGGGCCUUUUCAAUAGCCGGCCAUAGCAACCGCCUCCGUUCUCUGUCAAAGGCAGUGAGAUCCUCAGUGAAUCGAAAACCGUUCGCCCGCAGGAACUCUGACAAUUUCGCCGCCCUCCACACACCAUCUCUCAUCACACGUGAGGAAAACUGAAUAAUGAUCGCGCGCGGCUUUGAAAUAUUCGGAAGCCUCUUCCCAAUGCGGUGGACAGUGUCAAUUCUAUCUGGAAGAGUUUUGCUCUCCUCUGGAAAGGUGGCCUGACGAAUGGGGAUAGAUUCGGUUCUGACAUUUUCAUUUUCCUUUUCAGGCACAACCUGGACUCAAGAGAUAGUAGAUCUUCUGCUGCACAAUGGAGAUGCUGAGGUGUGCAAGAGAGCGCCAACAGCUGUCCGUAUUCCAUUUCUGGAGAUUUGUGCUCCUCCACCCAUACCAUCAGGGCUUGACUUAAUUGAACAGAUGAAACCACCGAGAGUCAUCAAAACUCAUCUGCCCAUUCAACUAGUGCCUAAAGGAUUCUGGGAAAAUAAAUGCAAGGUCAUUUAUAUGGCCCGGAAUGCUAAGGAUAACCUUGUAAGCUACUUCCACUUUGAUCGCAUGAACCUUACCCAGCCAGAGCCAGGACCUUGGGAUGGAUACAUUCAUAAGUUCAUGAAGGGACAAUUAGGUUGGGGCUCUUGGUAUGACCAUGUAAAAGGUUACUGGAAGGAACACAAGGAAAGGAAUAUUCUCUACAUACUCUAUGAGGACAUGAAGGAGAAUCCUUUUAGGGAGAUUAAGAGGAUAAUGCACUAUCUGGACCUGUCUGUUUCUGAAGAUGUCAUAAAGAGGAUUGUGCAGCUGACAUCCUUCCAAGUCAUGAAAGACAAUCCAAUGGCUAACUACUCCUACAUCCCAAAACCUGUGUUUGAUCAGUCCAUUUCUGUCUUCAUGAGAAAAGGAGAGGUUGGUGACUGGGUUAAUCAUUUCACCUCAGCUCAAUCCCAGAUGUUUGAUGAAGACUACGCAAACCAAAUGAAAGAUGUGGACAUUCCGUUCCGCUUUAGCAUUUGACUCCAAAUAAUUUGUGCAACAUUAAAUAUAUACAAUAUAUUAUAGAUGUUUUGUCUGAUGUCAUUAGGUAUAACAUUCUACUCACCUGAUGUCACUGAUUGCAUAAAAUAUGUGCUUUUUUGUAUUUAGAACAAUUUUAAAUUUCAUUAUUUUUUUAUAAAAGGUUGUGUCAGACUUUAAGCAAUAUACUUAUUAAUUAUAGCUUGAUUAUUUACAGUUAAUGGUAUUUAACAGGAUGGAACCUAAAGUCAUGGAAAUAAAGAGUUAAAGCUGGCAUUGAUCGGUGAAGGACUGAGAAUUAGAGUACAUGAUGGUGUUCAGAUCAAGGUAAUUUAGUUUUGUUGUUGUUUUAACUAUUCUGAAAUGGUAUUAUCAAGAAGUUGAUAUUAAAACCAUAAAGAAAACAGAA